ACCUCGCAACUCUCAAAACAUCACUAAUCCGCUGCUGACAUUCAGGUGGCAAAGACUAGCACACUGGUCCCGUUUAUGUAAUGAUUUGCUGGAUUAAACUGCAAUCUUCUGCAGAACAACCCGACAUAGUGGUCUACACUACUAUAACGCAAUACCUAUUUGUAAUGACGCCUUCUGUACGGGUGCUGACGCUAACGUUUUACUGUAAUUUAUAGUCAUGCGGGCCCUAUUUGACCACGGGGAUGACCAACCAUACACGCGCUCUCGUUGACACAGUGCACCGUCCGCAUCAUAUCUGAUUCCAAAAUAUUUCGGGGACAGGACUUCACGACAGGUUGUAUCUCAUGUUGACAACUGGGCUGCGAAAAAUUUGAAUUUUCUUCAGAGCAGUGACUAUACAUCCGUACACGAUUGAUCAGAUUUGUCAGAUUAUCAUUCGAUGUUCAGUGGUGCGAUUCCCAAGCUUCCCUAUGGAUGAGCCUUGAAACCUCAGGUGAUCUUUUCGGGGAUGUGUGGAGAUGAUAUGGACGGCUCUCAUGGCCAGACCACAGUACCAACUCUCUCCUCCCCAUAUGCCCAGCUGCAGCAAGUCUCCCGCAAUGGCUGCAGAAGGGACAUGCUCUAACUCGAUGGCAUGGGCAAAGCUCUUCAAGAAGUCUGGUGGUCUUGGGAAGUCCUACCAGCCUGGGAGCAUGCUGUCUCUUGCCCUCACCAAGGGCCUGCUCAAUGAACCAGGCCAGAACAGCUGCUUCCUCAACAGCGCUGUUCAGGUCCUCUGGCAGUUGGACAUUUUCCGGAGGAGUUUGAGGCAGCUUCCUGGUCACUUUUGUCUGGGCGAUGCCUGCAUUUUCUGUGCUUUAAAGAGUAUAUUUAGCCAGUUUCAGCAGAGCCGAGAGCGAGCGCUGCCCUCUGACACACUCCGACACGCUCUGGCCGAAACCUUUAAGGACGAGCAGCGCUUCCAACUAGGCCUCAUGGACGACGCUGCUGAAUGUUUUGAGAACAUUCUAGAGCGGAUACACCAGCACAUCGUGUCAGACACGGCCACGGAGGCCUGCACAUCCAGGUCUUGUAUCACUCAUCAAAAGUUUGCCAUGACGCUGUAUGAACAGUUUGUGUGCCGGAGCUGUGGGGCAUCUUCAGACCCUCUGCCCUUCACUGAGUUGGUACACUACGUUUCUACUACUGCUCUAUGCCAACAGGUGGAGCGAGUGUUGGGAAAGAACGACCGGCUCAGGACAGACAUGUUUGGGGAGUUGCUGCAGGCAGCAAACACCAUCGGGGACCUCCGCAGCUGCCCGAGCAACUGUGGGCAGAGCAUCAAGAUUCGCCGUGUUCUCAUGAACUGCCCGGAGAUAGUCACCAUUGGCUUUGUGUGGGACGCAGAACAGUCCGACCUGACGGAGGACGUGGUGAGGUCGCUGGGUCCUUGCCUCAAGCUCUCUGGGCUUUUUAACCGGGUGACUGAUGAGAAUGCCAAAAGGAGUGAGCUACACCUGGUGGGAAUGAUAUGUUACUCUAGCAAACAUUACUCUGCGUUUGCCUACCACACCAAGUCCUCCAAAUGGAUCUUCUUUGACGAUGCCACGGUGAAGGAGAUUGGUUCCAAGUGGAAGGACGUGGCCUCGAAGUGUAUCCGGGGACAUUUCCAGCCCCUCCUCCUGUUCUAUGCCAACCCGGAGGGGAGUCCUGUCUCAAGCGAGGACGCACCCCGUCAGACCACCGUCUGCUCCCGUUACAAAGCCCGGGUCAAUGGGGAGGUCAAAGUAGGGUCAAAGAAGACGGAUGCAGCCAGAGAGAAUGCAGGGCCGCUUCGCUCCAACCAAGGGACCCACAACCACCAGCUACUACCUUCCACCUCAGGACUCAACAGAGUAAAAGGCCCUCUGGGCAGUCCGAACAGCUACCGGGAGCCUUUCAGAGAGAAUUCCCAGAGAGUGGUCGGUGGGUCUAAAAAGGAGAGUGAACGAGGGCAUAGAAGAGAAGAGCCGCCUCUACCCAAAGACAUGGCGUACGCCAGGUCCUCGUCGCCUCCAGAGAGCGGGCCAAGGCAGCACGCCGACCAACGGCACAAGGGAAGCUCCCGCUUGGAGAAGUCUCCGUCUCAUGUCAGCAGGGAAUCUAAGGAACCACGCUCGCAGUCUGGCGCCCCCAGCCGUCACGACCAGGACGGCGGGCAGGAAUCCUGGGAUAAAGGCGGGAGCAUGGGCCGCAGCAAACCCAAACCGUCCUGGAGACCGGUCCGGGAGGUCCUGAACGUCGACAGUGUGCUGAGUGAACUCGAACGGCGACAACAACAGCAGCAACAACAGCAGCAACAACAACAACAGCAACAGCUACAACAACAUAGCAGCCCCCGGCGCAGCAAGUCCUCCGGCCACGAGAGGGGGCACGCGGAACAAGACCGGGAGCGGGCGAGGAACAGGGAGGAGCGGAAGCAGAAAUGCCUGAUGACCAUCUACGAGGACGAGCAGCGUCUGGAGACGGAGAGCCACAGCUCGCUGGAGUCUGAGAGCCGGGGCCGGGACAGCCAGGGGCCCGGGAGAGCCCGGCCCAAGGGGCUGCUACGCAGCGACACCUGGACCAUCCAGAGGACCGAAUCAGGCUAUGAGAGCAGCGACCGGCUGAGCAGCGGCUCCACCAACCCAGACUCCCCCGGCAUGGACGGCUUGGCGGGGAAGGAGCAGAGGUUAACUCCAGAAGUGCCAGCGCAGAGCAAGGGUCAACUCCACCCAAAUAGAGUGGAGUCAAAACCAGGCAAACAUCCGCUCAAAUCUCAGGGAAAGAACUGUGAUCACCAGGCUUCCCAUUCACAUCUCCUGAAAUGCAGUCCAAGUUCACGACGGAAACUGAGAUCCAGUCAGAACAGCUCCAGGAAGGGAUGUGCUACAGAGAGAGACUCCGCCCCAACGGACGCCCGCUGCAGCCAGCCUGACCAGUCAGAGGCCAUCGUCCGAGGUCACCAUGCCGACAGCCCCGCCCUCCGACACCUGGGGAAAACCAGUAGCUCAGAGUGGAACAGCUCCGAUGACCUCGCCGGGAAUCUGUCGGAGCCGGAGGACAGGGAUAGCGCCUACCGCUCCAGCAACAGCGAAACCGUCUCCUCCGAGCCCCCCUGUGUCCGCUUGGCCCUCCCCCUGCCCUCACACCCUGGUGCCGACCCAGGAGAACCCUCUCAACCCACCAGUCAUCGCCCGCUCAUCACUGCCGCAGCGCCGCCACCGUCCCACUUCAAACCCAGCCAACGAGGCCCUCUGCACGCGGGAGAGACCAACCGACACUGCUUUAAACCCCGUCUGCUCCAGGAGCCGUCCCAGACCAGCCCGAGGCCCAGCGUCCGACCCUCCGCCGCCCACGCCAGCCCCCACCGCCGGCCCGACCCCGGAGGUCAGAGGCCGUCCUCAGACGCCAGCGGCUCCAAGUUAUGCUCAGAUCCGGAAAGGAGUAACCAGUUAUCGGGUGAGAGCGAGGAAAGGGCCCCAGGCAGUGGUAGGCCCAGAGCCGGGGGCGUUGACCAGGAGGUUUCCCUGACCACAUACUUUAGUGUGGAUAACUGUAUGACAGACACCUAUCGACUCAAGUACCACCACCAGCGGCCCCUGCUCCUCUCUGCCACCAUGCCCCGGCAGGGGGUCCCGACCAUGGAGCACAGAGACCCUGGCCACACCCUUUCCAUGGACACACACUCCUCACUAGACACGCCUAAAAGCAGGCCUGAUACAAGCCAUAGUAGCAAUAAGCCCACAGCAAAGUGGAAUCCAGUUUCUGCCAAAGGACUGGAUGAGCGAGGUUAUUUGUGAUGGUAUUAACUGUCUGAGCUUCCGCCUUCAGUUCAUGGGGUGACUGGUGUGGUUCAGCUGUUGUCAUGCCGCUCAUCACCCGUCACAUGCUGCCUGGGCUUCCCUCUAGACACUUCGCUUUCUUUUGAUUAGCUUCAUUUUCCAUGUAUUUUACUGUCAAGUACAUGUUUCUGUAAAUGUUUGAAAAGAAUGCAAAUGUUUCCACUAGCUUUAUUAUUUAGAAUGUAAUUUGUACAUACAGUAUAUACUGUAUAUAUCUAUAAAUUGUUGUAACAGGAGUGCCUUUGCAUCUUUACCAUGACAGAAUUGAACUGGAUUGACUCCACUCUAAAAGAACAACAACUUCUUGCGCUUAAUAAGGUUGAUCUGACACCAUUGUCGUUUACGAUAUUCCCUGUGUGUGUGGGUGUGUGUGUGGGUGUGGGUGUGGGUGCGCGCAGCAGUGUUGCCACCGAGUUUGAGAAAACUUGGCGGUCGGCUGUCAAUGACAUGGUCUGUGUUGUGUCCACUUUAGAAUGAAAUCAGUGUGUCCUGAAAGUCAUCGCUUUAUAUGACAGCUUUAAUGAGAUAUGUCAGAGGAUUGGGAAGCACCUGGCCAAACCUUAUGCCACACACUAGGAUACAAUUAAAUCAUUUUAUACAUUAGCUAGCAUCUAUGUACAAUUAGUAAAGGUAAUGCCCCAUAAAGCCUCAAUGUUGUUGAUCAUUUACAGUGGGGAUCCAUAAGAGAGAAACAUGUACAGUGACUAACUGUGUAACACUUUAUAUUUUUGGAGAUGCCUAUAUAUUUAUUUAUAUUUAUUGUUUUAAUAAACUGUACAUGCUAUCACCAAAUAAUCCUGUUUUGUGUAUCUCUUGACUUUUACAUUUGGAUAGUUUAUCUUGUCGAUUUCUUGGUCAACUGCAUACGGAGGAGGUUACAGUUAUUGAUUU